AUGAGAUUAAAUGCACUGGUAGGAGGAAUUCCCGCCGCCUUAAACAGUCCAGAAUCUCUGAUAAUUUUCGCUAUAAAUUUUCACUUCCAAAUUGUAUGUCAGGAAAGGGCUCUUUCUUGGUGGGUUUUUCUUGAGUCUCCUAACGGUUCACUAUUCACUGGAAGACGUAAAGUGCAUCACUUAUUUGAUGCGAAUGUCCCAAGUUGGGAUUUUGUUUCUCAAACUAAGGAAGCGAUGAUUGGUUUGGAAGUUUGUGGUACGAUCACGUAG